GUGAUGUAAAAGUCACGGAUCACAUAAUUGUUAGGUGGACCCAAAGACUUUCUCUCAUGCUCAUACAGUCAGAAGCAAAGAAAUUGAAAAGUGUUCUUACCCACUAGUAUCGGAGGCGAGAAAACGCCACGGUCGUCGGAGAGCAGUUACCACAAAACUAGUUCUUGUGGUCAGCUAAGGCGAAGUAGGAGCUGUAUGAGUCAGUGGGUGGGAGUUUUUCGAAGUGGACUUUUACCAACGGCAAAGACCUGAUCGAAGAUAGACUGGACUAUUUCCGAGUCCCUCUCCCUGGACAGUAGACUGUGCCAUUUACCGAAGCCGGCGAAGGACAUCCGAAUAGAGGUGCAAGCGGUACCGGUACUUCGAGAGCAUCAAGCUGCAGCGAUGGGUGGUGUGGUCCUGCCAACAGUAGCAUUGCUCGCCAGCGCAUUGACGCUAGUACAAAUACAGGCAGCUGUGGCGGUGGCUACUUCCGUCGCUAGCUUGAAUCCUGGACCGCCGGGCCCUGUUGCGCCCACGUACAAUUUGUCACUGGACGAUGCACCUGAGCAACGCUGGACCCACAUUCUGAAACAUUUCACCGGAGCAAAGCAAGCCAUCAUUGAUUAUUUUGCACAACAGGUGCACAGCAAGGAAGAGCAAGCCGUGCUCAACGACAUCGGUGCAAAUCUGGACAAGUACCUUGGUGAUCUUGGCCGGGAAAUGAAGGGAGUGGCGCAAGUGAUGGAUGUUGAUGUUGGCACGAUCGUCAUGCUCAACUUUGGUUAUGAGCUCAGACACUUAGGACCAGGUCGACCCAACACAACUGGGAAUGCGACGAUGAACAGAGAGACCUUCCACCCAGCAGGAGCUUGCACUUCUAUUGUUGUCCAAUCGCAGGACUAUUCAAUCAUACACGGUCGAAACCUGGACUGGAACCUGCCAGAUGAGCUGCGGCAUUUGAUCAUCCAGAUAAACGUCCUGCGCGGUGGAGACUUGCUCUUCACGGGAACAGGAGUAGCUGGUUUUGUCGGAUUUCUGAAUGGUGUCACCUACAAUGGAUUUUCAGGAUCCAUAAAUGAAAGACUGCUGGGCGGCUCGAUUGUUCUGGACGCCCUGCAAGCGAUAAAAGCAGGAUCCAAUAGCCCUACACAUCUGCUCAGAAAGCUACUGAUGGAACAGCUCAGCUAUCCGGAAGCAGUCACCCAGCUCAUGGAUCAACCACUCACAGCACCUGUGUACUAUAUCGUGGCUGGAGUGGCCAGGGAUGAGGGUGCCGUCAUCACACGAGAUCGCGUCAAAGUGGACGAUGUCUGGCAGCUGCAGUCCCACAGCAGUGCCUCCUAUUCUUGGUAUCUUCUGGAAACAAACUAUGAUCAUUGGAGAGAGCCAGUGGCGUAUGACAAUCGUCGCAAGUACGGUAACGAGUAUAUGACUCAGCUGGGCCGCCAGUCUGCAUCUACAUACGACGGCCUGGUAUCGGUGCUCAACACCUGGCCAGUACGCAACAACGAGACGACCUGGACUAGCCUGAUGUCGGCCAAGACUGGACACAUCACCACAUAUGUUGUAUAUCUUUGAGAAGAUUCGGUCUAGAGCAAACAUACAAUCCACCACAGUGACUCUUUAUACCGGUAGCUGGGAUGAACAUACACAAUACACUCUCAUACACCGGGCAUAUUUCCAAUACCUUACCUUAUUUCUUUAGUGGCAGCGGUGUUAUUAUUGUACAACGUCUGAAGGAUUAUGCCAUGCUGUUUCUUGGCAGCUGCCACUAGUAAUUGACAACAAAAAACGCACGGUCCGCGUGA